GUGCCGAGGAUGUGCGCCGCGAGGAGGCUGCUGCUGCUGCUGCUGGCCUUCCUGGCCUCUGCACUGGAGGCUGCCGCCGCCUAUGGCACAGCUGAGACCCUCUGUGGCGGCGAGCUUGUUGACACGCUGCAGUUCGUCUGCGGGGACCGGGGCUUCUACUUCAGUCGGCCAGUGGGGCGAAAUAACCGGAGGAUCAACCGGGGCAUCGUGGAGGAGUGCUGCUUCCGGAGCUGCGACCUGGCUCUCCUGGAGACCUACUGCGCCAAGUCCGUCAAGUCGGAACGAGACCUCUCGGCCACUUCCCUGGUGGGGCUGCCGGCGAUCAACAAGGACAGCUUCCAAAAGCCGUCGCACGCCAAGUACUCCAAAUACGAUGUGUGGCAGAAGAAGAGCUCACAGCGCCUGCAGCGCGAGGUGCCCAGUAUCCUGCGGGCCCGCCGGUACCGGUGGCAAGCGGAGGGCCUGCAAGCCUCCGAG